AUGGGCAACUCUGCAUCUUCAACCAGGAAAUCUGCCGCCGCUCUCCGCCAUGCGGCUGCAUAUCGCAAGUCUUCUCAAUCUGAAGCAGCAAGCAACAACUUGGAAGAGGAGUUUAGCACACUAAUCUUGCACGAGGUCAAGCGGCAGCAAAAUGCAGACACACGGGAACAGCCUGCCACGAGUGUCCAGCCGGAUAAACGAAUCAACCAAAUGGAAGACGAGUUCAACGAGUUGAAUGGUGAUCUUUUGGAUCACGAAAUUUAUGCAGUGGAACGCAAUAUUUUGCCAGACGACGCUUCAGACACUAUGCAAGUGGAUGCGGCAGAUGACACCAUGGCCGAGCAUGAUAAUGGACUGGUGGACCUGGUCAGUGACUUGACUAAAGUGGACUUUACACGUAUCGCUGAUCCAGCGGUGGCACGCCAACCGUUAGCCCGGUCUACCAGCACUUUUUCCGCCAAAGAGACUGGAUCCGGUUCCGUGGUUGGGUCUGCGUCUGCUGUGGAUUCUGCUGCAGGGUCAGUCCCAGGGUCGGGAGCUAUCUCUUCGGAUCCGGCAUUGGUCCCUGUGGAAAUUAAAUGGGUCAAUCUGCAGAAGCAACCAAUCGGCAAGGUGUCCAUCAUCGGGCUGUUUUCAAACUGGCGCGACGUGAUCAAGCUCAAGCGCCUGCAGCUGUAUCCCAAUGAAUACUCUACUACCGUGCGGUUACCUCUCGGGGUUCACAAGCUUCUCUAUAUUGUCAACAACGAGUACCGUGUGCUGGACCAGCUUCCGACAGCAACGGACCAGGAGGGCAUUUUCUUCAACUGGUUUGAGGUUUUGGACCCCCACCGCUUGUUCAACCAGUCGCAACAUCCGCACUCAGAUGCUUCGUCGGGGUACGACGCCAACAUAAUACAGGUGGCUGGCCAGUACGAUGCGCUGUUAAUCCAAAAGAAGUCUAACAGCUUCUUGUCGCGUGUGACUCGGGAGGAAAAAGACCUGCCUCAGCAUGUGGAGGUUGUUCCUGAUGCGGGAGAACUGGAAGAGCAGUUUGUGCCAUAUCUCAGCCAUUCUGAACUGUCUUUGGGCCAGGAACGUACACAGCCUGAAGAAGAGUUUUCGUCCGAGAUUCCAGAGAUGUUCGUCAACUAUGACUACUUCAAGACAAUGGCACCGAAUUACGAGCUUCCAGAACCCCCGCAGUUACCUGCGCAUUUGAACAAUGUCCUUUUGAACAAAAUGUCAUCGAAUCAGCUGCAAAACCAUGCACAGAACAUUCCCCAUGUUGGAGAUUCCAAACGUCCAUUGUUACGCCGUGCUGAUAGUUCGUACUAUGCGUCAAACAAGGAAGCAUAUCACCAGUCGAUUCCAAAUCACGUAAUUUUGAAUCAUUUGAUGACCACGUCAAUUCGUAACGGAGUGUUGACAGUGGCAUGUAUCACUCGUUAUUCGGGGAAGUUUGUCACGCAGAUUAUGCAUUCUCCAACGGCUGGUAUGGGUGAAAAUCUGUAG